CAGUCUGCUGGCAAAUGGCCACAAGCUGCUGCUGAGCCCCUUUGUGGGGUUUCUCAGAUGCCAGACCUGUUGGCUGACUUAGGAGCUCCAUGGAGACUUGGCGGAAAGGCUCCUUCCGCAAUGCCUCCUUCUUCAAGAGAAUGACCCUGGGGCGGCCGCGGCAACUGCGGAGACAGGGCAGCACACUCAGCCAGGCCAGCACUGCUGGUGGUGACCACGAGGAGUACAGCAACAGAGAAGUCAUCCGGGAACUUCGAGGGAGGUCAGACGGCCGGCGUCUGCCCUUGUGGGGAGAUGAGCAGCCCCGAGCCACUCUGCUGGCCCCACCCAAGCCCCCACGUCUCUACCGAGAGAGCUCCAGUUGCCCCAAUAUUCUGGAGCCCCCAGCAACCUACACUGCCGCCUACUCGGCCACCCUGCCUUCAGCCAUCUCCCUGACAGGCCCUCUCCACCAGUGCUCACAAGAGGACCUUUUGGAUACUCCCCAUUUCCCGAGGACACCUACUCCGGACCUCAAUGACCCUUUCUUUUCCUUCAAAGUGGACCUGGGGAUUUCACUUCUGGAAGAAGUUCUUCAGAUGCUGAGGGAGCAGUUUCCUAGUGAGCCCCACUUCUGACCCCGGUGAGGACAGAGAGAACUGAGGUGACUGGAGCCUGGGAGACCUAGGCAGGUAAAGUGUGGAUUAUGGAGCAGGUGGAGACAUAAGCCACAGUGCAGCCGGCCCCGACUGCUGAGCAAUCCUCAAGUCACCCGGAGUGAAGGACAGAAGCCAGCUGGGAAAGUAUGGGGGUCCCUCUCUGGCAGGAGCCCUGAAGGAAGCUGGAAAGGUCAGAAAAGGAAGCCACACCUGCAAACACAGGAACUGGUCAUAGGUCAGGGGAGAGAUAGGGUGGCACAGGGCGAGUCAGGAAGUCGGACUCAGACCAGCCUCUAGAACCACUGUCAACAGAGAAAUCAUAGGCUACAUCUAGGAAGAAGCUGUCUAACUGAGAUUAAGAGGAAGGCCGGAGAGAGCAGAGGUAGAAAAGCCACCUCUCACUUCCUAUGCUUGUUUAAUUGAAGUAAAAGCAAACCGAGCCGGGCGGUGGUGGCGCACGCCUUUAAUCCCAGCACUCAGGAGGCAG